AUGGACCAGUGUCAAACAGCUGAUGAGCACCGGCUUACAAGGCCAACAGGGGGCGAAUCACACACGGUACCAGAUCACAGCGGGCUGGUGCAAGAGAGCUGUGCCAGUAGUGGGGAAACACUCCCCGGAGCACCGUCCCAACAAUCCGCCGAACUCGAGUCAUUCAUCUUGCCGCCCAAGUCAACAGCUAAUCUGUCGUCCAUGACUUGUGUCUCUCCAAGCCCUCCGCAGGCUCUCAUACCAGGAACACCCAGGUUUCUCUUCAGAGUUUGGGCGCUGGAAGCGGCAUCUCUAUUGCUGAGCUUCUCAUGCUUUAUUGGCAAGUUCAAAGCCACAGCAUCCUUGGCCCUGUCGCUAACUCGUUUGAAAGGCUUGCCCGACUGGCCCCUCAGCAUUACUCUGAACUCGUUCCUCGCCUUCUUCACGACUCUGAUCAAGGCAGCCUUCAUGCUUCCCGUUUCUACCGCUAUCAGCCAGAUGAAAUGGAGUUGGUUCCUUCAAGACCGACCGAUAUAUGACUUCCAUAUCCUCGACCAGGCCAGCAGAGGGUUACACGGUUCUCUCAUGUUGUUGUGGCGGGCUCGCUUCAAAAGCUUCAUCUCGCUUGGGGCCGUUAUCAUCAUUACGAGUACAUUGACGUCUCCAAUCACGCAGCUGGCCAUCAAUUACCCCAUGAGAGAUCGAGAAGUUCCCAGGGGUGCCUAUACCAGGGCCAUCCGGAAGAUUGAGACACCGUCUGAUUUUUUGCAUUCCGCGACGAGUAAGGCCAUUCAUUUGGCAACAGUCUUGGACAAUUCCUUACUCAACAACCCAAUGCCCCCCCUCAAAGCCUUCUGUUCGACUGGUAAUUGUACAUUCGACAAGUAUCACACACUGGGCGUCUGUGUAAAGCUGGCCAAUAUAUCCUCGCAUUUGAAGAUCGAGAGCUUCAAGGGUCUAGAAUCACAGGAUCUACUUCCACUAGACCGCGAGUUUCUGACGGAAAUGAUGCUACCUCGUGGGAUCAGGGUAUGGAAGGCAUCCCUUUCCGAGCAAUUGUACCUCCUGCACUGGGACCCAUUCCCCUUCAUUACCGACAUAUUGAACGGAAUCUCAACGGUGGCCGAUAUUCAAUUGGCUAACGGAUCCGUGAAAGUGAGUGACACAUUCUGGCACGAGGCUUGGGAGGUCCUGUUCUAUCUUUGCGUCCAGUCCUAUCGUACCAAAGUCCAGAUGGGUGUGGACGAGACUCGCAUGGUAAGCUCGAUAGCCAUGCCAAUGGAGCCAAAAGACAACGCCUUUUUGGAUACCAAGUGUCCACCGAUAUUGUAUGCCCCACAAGAUGUACGCGAGAAAAACUCAGAGCGACGGAACGAGACAUUAUUCCUACGUGGCCCAGCGGAGAACUCGUCGCGUCCGGGCUCACACCCGGAAGCCUUUAGUGCGAAUUAUUUAUCCCUGGAACGAACGGCAGAGGCACUAAGAGACGGCCUCACGAGUCGGGCGAUGGGCAGGUACUACGGUUUGGGCUUUGCUAGUCCCUCCAUCAGGGCCUCGAAGCCGACAGAGUUUCUUCGAAGUCUCUAUACUGCUGUACUCUUUCACCCACAAAAAUUACUCAACCAUACCGCUCGUUACAACAGUCUCGACAACCUUUACCUGAAUGUGGCGACUGCUUUAUCUUCAGUUAUACGACGAGCCGACCUCAAUUAUACAGAACACGGCUUCAACGUUACGGGAAAGGCCUGGACAUCGGAGGCAUACGUACAAAUCCAAUGGGGAUGGCUUUCAUUUCUCGCGUUUGAGCUUGUUCUUGCGGCUAGCCUCUUGGCCAUGACUAUCGCCACUCAGAAGGGCAACCAAAAAGCAGACCGAGAAAAUUACGACAUGGUUUGCGACCUGAAGGAUUCUUCCCUAGCGGCUUUGGUUGCACUUGACAGCGACUGUCGAAGCGUGAUGGGAGAUGGACUUGUUCCAGUAAAGGAGUUGGAAAAGACGGCAAAGGAGGUACACAUGAGGCUAAGUGGAAACAAACUCGUUACUGUGGCUGCUACCGAUGACAUUCAGGGAAAUUGA